AUGAGGCUCCUCCUCUUGACCUCUCUCCUGUCACUGGCGCUGGCCGCGCUCGCCUCGCCCAUCGCCCAACAGCAGCAGCAACCGGCCAAGGCCAGGGCCGCAGCGUCCGACAAGGUGGGCUACUUCUUUGUCCACUUCCACGACGACUACAAGUCGCCCGGCGACUACAGCACCUACCCGGCGGGCGAGCAGGUGUUUGGGCAGCUGUCGAACGGCAACAAUGCCAUCUCGUACACGGCGCUCAAGGGCGGCGCGCCCCUCCUCACCUCGACCGUGGGCACCAAGGGCGUGCGCGACAUGUACCUCGUCUCGAAGCCCGACGAGUCGCAGCACUAUAUCAUCGCCACCGACCUCAACCAGACGGCCGUCGGCGGGUUCGGCGGCAAGUUCCUCAGCCGCAGCCUCGUCAUCUGGGACUCGGAGGGUCCCAGCCUGACCAAGUGGAAGGCGCCCCGCCUCGUCGAAGUCGUCCCGCCCGAGUUCCGCAUGGCCUGGGCGCCCGAGGCCAUGUGGAUCGAGGAGCGCAAGAGCUUCAUGGUCUACUGGUCCUCGAACAAGUACGCCGACGCUUCGCACUCGGGCACGCCCGACUACGACAAGAUCUACCGCGCAUACACGACCGACUUCCGCAGCUUCACCCAGCCCGAGGUGUACAUCGACCUGGGCGCCGGCACGGGCGUGAUUGACCUGACGAUGCACCCGACGGGCCAGGGCAACCAGUAUGUGCGCUUCUUCAAGGACGAGAGCGUGUCAAAGUGCCGCGGCCAGGUGAGCAACAGCGGCAUCGACGGCCAGUGGAACGACAUCGGAUCGGCAAAGGAGUACGUCGACAACAACAACCAGUCCGAAGCCUGCCUGUUUUUCAAGGACAACCUGUCGGACAAGUGGUGGGUCUUCCUGGACCAGUACGGGCGCAACCCGCCGGGCUACUACCCGUACACGGCCGACAAGGGCAUCACGCAGUACGGCUACACGGACCUGGGCUUCCCGCCGGGCAUGCCCAAGCUGCUCAAGCACGGCGCCGUCAAGCCCGUCAACCAGGCCCAGUACGACGAGAUCAAGGCCGCCUGGGGAUGA